CAGAGGAGGAUAACCUAAACUAAGAAGUAAACAAAAAUAACUUAAAUAUUACUCAGUGUUCGUAGUGUUCUUUAUUUUAUGAGUGAACUGAAUAAUUGUGAUUUGUGUAGGACAUGUGAUUUCGUUUAACAUUUUCACAAAACGUCAGAGGUUAUCAACUAGAAAAUUUUUGUUUGUCUCACUAAAUAGGCUAGAAUUCAUAAUAUUCUCUAGGCCACCAGUGUCAGUCCUAUCCAAGUUUUAGGAGAGAUUUCUGGUUCAAUAAUUUCGAGUGUUUAAGGAGUAUUCGUCUUGAUGAUAAUUUUUUACAUGAAGAAAAUGUUCAAUUUCCUAAUGAACUGGUUAUCUUAUUGGUAUUUUCAAUAUGAAUUGAUAACAUGCAUUUAUAUGUUUGAACCAUGGGAGAAAAAACUACUGAAUGGAAUCAUCGUGAUGAUAAUCUCCCUUGUAGCUUAUUCUUCAUACAUGUACUUACCACACUACACCUUGUCUCUACUCACCGAGCUGAAAAUACUGGAGAUGGACUCUAUUAGAACAGAAAGUCAGCUAAUAGACUAAACCUCGUUAUUUACUUGUUAUGGAACUUAUUUUACAAUCCAAGUGGUUGUAAACCAAUUAUAUAUUUUUCAGUGUUUUCUAAAUAAAUUGUGUUGCAUGUAUAGAUUUUAAUACUUUGUAUAAUCAAUAAUAAAAUGAUAAUGCAAGCAUGUAAUAUAAAAAUACUUGAUUGUAUCGGCUGAAGUGCAUUUCAAGUAAUUAUUUUGUACAGGCAAAAAAUAGCUUGUAAUUUAUUUUCUAUGAAGGGGGACAGUCCAUUAAAAUUGAACUUGGCUUUGAAACAAUAACUCAUGGAGCGACUUGUAUUUCACACCAGCAAUCAGAGUUGGCUGUUUUUAGUCAAACCGCGAGUUACCUUUCAGCAACAUUUGUCAUGAAAAUAUAGGAUCACAGUAACAUCCGUGAUGAUUUCUAGGACUCACAAAUAUAUCAGUGAUCUUUUCUUACAAUCAUCGCAACAUGUACAUGAUCAUCUCCCGCAGUCAUAGUAACUUGGCCACGAUAGUUCUCUGUGGUCAAGACGAUACCCAUCAUCAUUUCUCAAAAUCGCAACGGCUUCCGCGAGUUGAGAAACAUUGUGAUCAUGUUCUGCGAUUGUUAAUUUUUUUCUUAUUUAUUAUACUCAAUGUCUUCAUCUUUGACUGGAUUUCCAGGUAGAUUGUGUCAGGUUUCUCCUCAUUUUUACAUUGCGUUUUUUGACAACACAAAAAAUGUAUUAACUAGUUUAUUGGCAGAUUAUUUUUGUUUGCUAUUACUAUUAAUAUAAAAUUUUGUGGAUUUAUACAAAACACACUAACGAUUUCCAGUUUCUACAAAAGCUGUGGACACUCAGCAAGUAACAGCAAACUCAUUAUAGCUUCAAAUAAGUUGAGUGUUGGUGUAAUAUUGUGUUGAAAUGAGAGCAUUGGAAGGGAACUCUUAUACUUCUAAGUACGCUGGCAAGUUUUAAAUUGGUAAAUGGAUAUUUACCUUAUAAACUCGCUAUUGCAUCCACCAAUUGGGAAGCAUUAAUUACUAACAUAUUUCCAUCCCGCACCUUUUGCACUGGCCUAGGGCCAGCUCUAUUGAUUGUGCAAGAUUAUUGUCAAAUGAAAUAAAAAAAAAAAUCAAAGCUCAUGUAUUUAUUAGUUACCAACAUUAAGGCAUCAAGCCUAAGCACAAGUAAUUCAAUAUGUAGGGCAAUUAAUUGUAGUUUGUGUUUUCAUGUUCCUUAAGUGUAAUAAUUAAGUACUUCCAUCUGUUAUAUGAUCUAUUUGUUUGUUAAAAUUGUUUUUAAUUUACUACCUUAUUGUAUGAUGUAAAUUUGAAGAGCAGCAAAACAAUUAUCGGUACUAAUUUGAUGAAAUAGUUUUAAAAAUUUGCAUCCUGUUACAAUGCUCAACUCUGGGUAAGCAUUACUUAAAAUUAUUUAUGUGGGGUUUUUUAAUGUAAUAAAUAACAUAAAAAUCCAAAAUCCGUAAUUUCUAGCCCCUGAGCUGAUCUUAUGGCUAGAUCAAUCAACCAUCUCCUGUAGUGUCAGAAAUGUUAUGGUCGUUUAAGCAUCACUAUGCCAUCAUCAGACAUUAAAGUUCAGCCAUAAGGCGUCCUUAAAACACAAAAACAUAAAAAUGUCACACGCAACAUAAGUUACACAUACCAAAACGGGGUUAUUAAAAAACAGGCCUGUUGAAUGCACAUUUCCACACUCGAGCGAGGAGCUGCUUGGAGUCAUCCCUGCGUUGUCAUGUCGGCCGCAGGGGUUAUCAGCUGUACUUUGUUCUCUUGGUCUUGGUUCCUUCCUCUGAUUAAAAGGACUAUUGAAAAUUACGUGUGAUUUGAAUUGUAGUUUGUAAGUUCACUAUUGUCAUUUUUAUGUGGGCUUUGUAAAUCUCAAAUUCUUCCAGGGUGACUAACUUCCUAACCUUUGGUGUGAAGGAUUUCCAAGUCAGUGUUUUUUCAUGUUUUUGAUAUUUUUACGUUUGGUGUUUUAACGAUGCCUUAUGGUUGAACUUCACUGUCUGAUGAUAGCACAGUGAUGCUGAAACGACUGUAACAUUUGUUACAAUGCAGGAGCUGGUUGACGAAGGUAGGCUAAUUUAUUAAUUUAGUCAUAAAAAUAUACCCACAGGGCCGAUUUACCGAAUAGGCACGGUAGGCACGUGCCUAGGGCGCGAGGCAAUUGGCUUUUUUUGGGGGCGCCAAAAAUUUGGAAAUUAAAAAAAAAUCGUGGUAGUAUUUGCAUGCUAUUGCGGUCAAAUUCUGACCACCCCUCGCGGUCGUGAAGACAUCAUAUCGUGCCCCACGGUCGUGUGGACAUAGUAAUCACCUCCCGCGAUUGUAGAAAAACGGUAAUCAUCUCCCUCAGUCUUGUGGAGGUCAUCAUCCUCUUACGCAAAUUAGGCAACAUUUUGACCUUUUCCCGCGAUCGUGUGGCCAUAAUCAUCGUCUUGCGCGAUUGCGAUAAAAUUCUGAUCACCCCUCGCGGCCGUGAAGACAUCAUUAUAUCGUCCCCGUUGGUCGUUUGGACAUGUAGUGAUCACCUCCCGUGAUUGCGGCAAAAUGGUAAUCAUCUCCCGCGGACAUAUGGAUAUAAUCGUCUUCGGCGAAUGAGGCAAAAUUCUCAUCUUUUCCCGCGGUCAUGUGGACAUUAUCAUCGUCUUGAGCGAUCGCGGCAUUAUUGUGAUCAUCCCUCGUGGCCGCGUAGAAAUCAUUAUUGUAUUCCGCGGUUCUGUAGACAUCGUAAUCGUUUCCCGCAGUUGUGAAGACAUCGUAAUCGUCUCCCGCGAUUGCGGGAAAAUGUUAAAUGUCCUCCAGUCGUGUGGAGAUCAUCAUCGUCUUCUACGAUCGCGGCAAAAUUCUUGCUGUUUCCCGCGGUCGUGUGGACAUUAUCAUCGUCUUCUGUAAUCGCGGCAAUACUCUAAUUAUCCGUUGCGGCUCUGUAGAUACCAUCAUCGUCUUCUGCAAUCGCGGAAAAUUCUGAUCAUCCCUCGCGGCCGUGUGUAGACAUAUUAUCGUCUCCCGCGAUCACGGAAACAUCACUUUGGUCAUGCGCGAUCACGGUGAAUUGAAAACUCUAGGUAUAAAUACAAAAUUCAUGGUUCAAAAAUCCCCCGCAUGAUUCCCGGAUUUCCCGGUCGGUGGACACCCUGUUAUAUAUAUAUUGCAAAUGGGCGCUACUAUUAGAUGUGCCUAGGGCGCUGACAGGGUCAAAAACGGGCCUGUAUACCCAUAUACAUGCUGUAAUAAAAAUAUAUCCAUAUUGAAGUGUUAUCAGUCCAUUGUUAUAUAAAUUUUGAUUCACAAAAUAUAAAUUAUUCUAUAAUUUGUUUGUUCAUGGUUUUUCAUUCAUGCUACAUAGAAGCUAUCAAAACAUCACAAUAUUGAUUCAUACAAGAGCUUGAUUCAUUGUGGAACUGCUAUUACUAAUGUAGUGUGGUCCUUUGUGACACUAAAAACACCUUAUUAAAAAGACAGUUAUUCUUAAAUGAAAGUUUUUUUUGUAAAAAUGGUACAUGUUUGAAAAUUACAUUUUAUGUUAUCUUUUGUUGUACUUAUAUAUUCUUUGUUAAUAAAUUUUGAUUUGUUCUUACAUAUUA